CUUUCGGUGUAGACAAUCUAUCAGAAGCUUGGAGGCUCCUUGCUCGAAGUGAAUGAGUCCAAUAAUUUAGAUAUCGAAACAAGAGAAAGGAUAUCACUUAAUAGUUCUCUACUAUUUUUGAUUUAGGCCAGUGUUUGUGAAUGUCUUUAUCAAGGACCCAAUAGAGCCUAGAAUCACUUAAACAGUUUUGUUCUUUCCCAUCAGUUCGGGAAGACAGAGCGAAAUUGAAUACUGUUUCUACUGAUUCCUCAUCCUCAUUCCAGUUCUGAACCACAGACACAAUCUCUAAUGGCUCCAUUGCCAAACCUCCCAGAAGUCCUAAUCAUCAACCCACCACCAGCCUUCAUCUGUUUCGAAUCCCACUUCACCCACAAGUUCAACAUCCUCCGAGCAUGGGAGUCCCCUCUUCCUCUAGACCAGUUCCUCACCACCCACGCCCACUCAGUCCAAGCCCUCCUCUGCCGCGCCGAGACUCCGGUCAACGCCGACCUCCUCCGUCUGCUACCGGCCCUGAAGAUCGUGGUGUCCGCCAGCACCGGCGCUGAUCAAGUGGACAAAGCGGAGUGCCGGCGGCGUGGGAUUGCCGUGACCAAUGCUGGAAAUGCGUACUCGGAGGAUGUUGCUGAUCUCGCUGUUGGGUUGUUUCUCGAUGUGAAUAGGAAGAUUUCGGCAGCUGAUUCGUACGUGAGACGUGGGCUUUGGUCUAGCAGAGGAGAUUAUUCUCUUGGUUCCAAGAUAGGUGGAAAGCGAGUUGGGGUUGUUGGAUUGGGUAGCAUUGGCUAUGAAGUUGCCAAAAGACUCGAGGCAUUUGGUUGCAAGAUUUCAUACAACUCAAGGAGUAAAAGGCAGUCUUUGUCAUAUCCCUUCUAUUCCAAUGUUAGUGAACUUGCAGCAGACAAUGAUGCUCUCAUUAUCUGUUGUGGGUUAACAGACGAAACCCGGCACAUGAUCAACAAGGAAGUCUUAUCUGCAUUGGGAAAAGAUGGAGUGGUAGUUAAUAUAGGGCGCGGUGCAAUUAUUGAUGAGAAAGCAUUGGUCAGGUGUUUGGUGAAUGGAGAGAUUAGAGGUGCUGGUUUGGAUGUGUUUGAGAAUGAGCCUCAUAUACCAAAAGAGAUCGUGGCGAUGGAUAAUGUUGUUCUGUCUCCACAUAAGGCUGUUUAUACAGUAGAGUCUGUAAAGGAAGGAGGUGAAGUAAUGAUCGCCAAUUUGGAAGCUUUCUUCUCCAAUAAACCUUUGGUUACUCCAGUCAUAUAUUCAUGAAUAAAUAUGAUUAUUUAAGUGAGUUGUAUGCAUUCCUUGCCUUUCAAGUUUCUGUCAUUAAAGCAAAUGAAGGCUGAUGCCGAUAGCAUUGUUCCGUUUAACUUCACUAUAGGUUUUACAAUUGCGAAGUGUGGAG